AUGAUUGACAAACUGGAGCGACACACGGAAACCAUUAACAAAAGACACUGCCGUAGCUUUGACUUCCUUGAGUCAUUGGACGACCCACAGCCCUUUUCUGCCUCAAUGGAGUACCCUUACAAGAGGACUGAGCAUCAGGGGGUGCAUAAAGAGGUGACUUGGAAUGGCCUGGAUCAUCCAGGACACCUCCGUUUCUCAUCCCCUGAUCUGUUCAACACUAGACUACCCCCACCACAGCAUGCCAACGCAGACAAAACCAGUCAGACCACGAGGUCAGAUUCUAAGAAGAGGACAAGAUCGAAAAGUGCUCCCAGAGUCAAUACCACCCUUACCCCUGUGCCCAUGUCAGUCUCCCCACCAGCAACCAGGAGAGGAAGAGAUGUCCCACAGGCUGUACCAGAUCCCCCUCUAAGGACAUCUGAACCACACCGGGACUCUUAUUCCUCUAACCGGGCUUUUUUGAACGAGGUACACCCUAUAAAACUGCAACCACACUCUCCCCUCUAUGUCUCAGACGGUUUCUCUGAGGAGAGCAAACAGGAUGAGCCAGCCAUCACUCCUCAUGUCAGGUGUCGUGUGGAUAUCAAGCCAGAUGCAGCGGUCCUGCAGCACACAGCCAGGAGGUCUCAGAGCAUGAGGACUGAACAUCCCUGGCAGAGAUACUCCUACUCCAGUCAAAGCAGAGGUCUGUCUGUGCCACGGCAGGUACGGACACCCACACCAAGCGACUGUUACAGUGGGGAUUAUAGACAAGCAUAUCAGUACACUACCUGCGUGCCCCCCAGCUACAUUCAGCCAGUAGACAUGCGAAGGGUCCCCUCCCCUAUAAUGCCAAGGGAAUACUUGUCAAGGGAGCAGAGGACUCUUUCAAACCCCAAUAUACCCACUAAAUUCUUCUACACUGAGGAUCCGACCAGAUACCCUGUCCACCCCUCUGCUAGAGGGUACUAUCAGGAUGAUAAUUCCAGCCUCACCAGCCAAGGCAGUACUCUUAAUGGUCAGUAUGUGCAUGAUCCAAGGACUCGCUGGGUUCACGCUGUCCCAGUCCGGCCAUAUUACACAGAGCAACACAUGUCCAGCAGAGACCCUGUGCAGGCUGUCUAUACCAGACCUUACUCCACAAGCGAGGCAGGGCCAUACUUUGCUCAAACAAAACAGGCAAGAGCAUACAAUGGGGAAGAACCCAGGGGGUAUCCCUGUCAGUCUAAUGGCUCCAGGAUGUUAUACAGCAAGCCGUACAACCCCCCAGCAGAACAGUAUAUUCCGUACCGGGCAUAUCACACGGAGGGCCGUCGACGUCCACAAAUGUCCCAAGCCUAUGCAGAUGACUGGUAUCGUUCAAGUAUAUCUGGAUACUCCAGCCAGUCCUCUCAGCUGACACCACAGAGAGUAAGACAAGAGCCAGUAAUGUCCCCCUGGUUUGCAAACAGUUAUGUGGAGCCAACCAGACUGGGAGCAGAAGUCAGAAACCACUCCAAGUCCUGGGACAAUAUUCUUCAUCCUCGUCAUGACAGGGAGCAAGCGGUGCCGUGUGGACGCAGCUAUGAGAAUCUGUUUUAUCAGGGGACACAUGCUCUGUUUCCUAGUGAUACACCAAAGCCAGUUAUACUCAAUCUAUCUAGUUCACCAAGGCGCUAUGCUGCCCUGUCCCUCUCUGAAAACUCCUUAGAGAAAGGUCUAAACAAUCCUGGAAGGAACACUAAGGCUGGGCUAUGGUUUGUAACUCCUGAGAUCACGAUAACCGACAAUGACAUACGCGCACGCAACCACAAACAGCAAGAUCUGCGUUCAGUCAGCUGGGAUGCACUGGAUUGUGAAAAGGUGCCAACUCUAAAUGUUCUUCAUCAUCAAGAGCAGCCAUCUGAGUCAUCGGAACUGAACAAAGACAGAAAACACAAAGAUUAUUCCCUGCAGCAGAGCCUAGAGCAACUGGAUGAGCUGCUAGCUGAUCUUGUCAUUGAUUACAAACCCCUGACCAGCAGGCGGCCUAGUCAGGAUCUAUUGGACCAACUAAAACAGUUGAUUAGUGAGGAUGAUGAAAAAGGAAAGCUAAUAUCUUCGGGCCUAGAGAGUCUAGGAGGCCUAGAGAGUCUAGGAACUCUGAACACACCAAUCACCUCCACUAAAACCAGCCCUGACACCGUCAAAGACCCAGACAGUGGGUGUGAUGGCUUACAGAGCAUACAAAGGAGUCCAGAGGAGAUCUCCCCAGACCACAGCACAGACGACGAUGACACCAUGAUGUGUGCCAACAGGAAGUGCAAGCGGACAGAGACCCUGUUCAAUGCCUGUCUUUACUUCAAAUCCUGUCAUAGUUGCUACACCUUCUACUGCUCCCGGAACUGCCGUCGGGACGACUGGGACAGCCAUAAAGAGAACUGUCUGUAUGGACGUAUCAGCAGUGUGUGCAGGCACAUGCUGAAGUACUGCAGAGAGAACUCUGAGAUCCAUAAAGCCUUCUCUCGCAUUGCCAAAGCUGGCUACCUUUCCAGAGGGAGAGGCAUUCUUUUCCUGGGCUUUGCUAACCCAGGGACUGCUGACAAUUUCCUGAAGGUUGGGCUUGAGAGUCUUGUCAUGUCCCCCACAUAUCUGUCUCUCAGAGAGCUAGACAGCUUCCAAGACAACCUGGGGGAUUACUGUAAGGACCUGCAGCAGGCUGGCAAUGAGUAUGACCCCAAUGAAUGUUUCCUCUUGAAUGUAUCUAUAGCUGUUGGUGAACUAGUGCCUAACAGACCCUCACCAAGAGUCCAAACACCAACAGUCCGAAAAUAUGCAAAGGUUUCAUUGGCCUCCUCCAGCCCAGAUAAAAAGGUCUUCAAGAAGGAAAGUGACAUGGAGACACUCAUUCUCACCCCGCCACCAGGCACACCUGAUAUUGACAAAGAGGGAAAGGAGGGUAUGAAAGCCAGAGAGAUCUGCUUUAUCAAUAUCCAACGUGAGCUCAGGACCAGGGGAGUCUUCCUGCGUCAUGAGUAUCCCAAAAUAUACCAUAAACUCUGUGAAUUUGUGGAGAGCAACAAGAGAUUCACGCCCACUACCAUUUACCCUAUAGAUAAGAGAACAGGGAAGCAGUUCAUGUGUAUGAUCAUGGCUGCUUCUGAGCCCAGAACACUAGACUGGGUGGGCACCCCCCAUCUCCUGGAUGAUAUUAUAUAG